AUGAUCAGCAAGUUGAAUCAGCCUCCCGGCACUGGCUGUAUCAAAUUGGAUCUUGCUUUUAGAGAGGUCAAGGUUUAUCGCUUAAUCGCGCGCUACGAGGAUGUACGAGAGAAUCCAGAGCAGAAACUAACCAGAGGUUACAAGGCCCAUUUUCAACGCCUUUUCGUCAUAUUGGAUGAUAAAGUCUCAGUGUCUAAUGCUUUGGAAAUUGAAGAUGAUGCUUUGAAAUCAACGGUAAGAGGAACCCAAGAGUCUCAUUGGGCGAUGUUCUCCACAUACAUGCAAGGAUGGCUGUAUCGCACACGUGCAGUCCUACUCGAAGGAACAUGA